AUGAUUUUGAUCAACGUCAAUGGCAUUCAGCAAGAACAUACGAAAAAAAAACGAAAAAAUAAAAGUAAAGAACCUGCCUCAAGAACUAUAUCACAAAAAAAACACAAAAACAAAGCAUUGGAUAAAAAUACUGAAGAUUUGUUUUCUAUUCCAACUUCAGCUUCAACUAUUAUUCCUACAAUGCAAGAACAAGAUAACUAUAUUGAAUGGGAAAAUAAAAAACUUGAAUUACGGCAAAAAAGUUUAAAAAUUUUGAAGGAAGAAAUUGAAUUGCGCGAAAAACUUAAUAGCUUAAAACAGUUGAGUAAUUAA